GUGAGUUUCAAGCGACAUCAGUCCACAUUUUUUUUUACCGCGCGCUGUUUGGAUAUAUUCACUGAAGGGAGAUUGUGGCUUUUCUGUUGUACUGUUCGACUAUUUAAUGUAAACGAACUAUAAUCGAUAGUAUGUUUUCUCCCCGUGCGACGCCCAGCUCGGGCCGAAGGCAGCCCUCCAGAGUUCCCGGGAGAAAGAGUCUGGCUGGAACCCCGUCUGGACUCCUCUUCUCCCCACGGAGGACGUCUCUCGCCGCCAGGUCAACCCCUACGCGCGCAAACCACGCAAACGCUGAGUCGGUUCACUAUGACGUCCAGACCUUCGGGUCGUCGCUGCCUGUCAAAGUGAUGGAGGCUCUAACAAUGGCAGAAGCGGAUGACAUCAUCUCUGUGAAGGUGGACGAGAGCGGCUGGGCCUGGAUGGUGUGUGGGAAGCUGCUCAUCAUCUGGAAGAUCUGUCAGACGGUGGUGGCCAAGCUGUGUGUGUGUAAGGAGCUGCAGCUGGCCCCCAGCGAGUACGAAUACACGGCUGACCUGGUGACCAUCAGCAGCCCCGGGCCCCUGGAGACGGCCCCGGUCCAGUCCAUCUCGGUCCUGACGGUGGGGGCGGAGGGCCGGGCCCGGUACUGGGCCAGCCUCGCCCACGAGGGGAACCAUACAGAGGCAGAUCUGGAACUGGGAGAUUUCUGCAACUUUGUGGUCGCCGUGAGGGGCGGCAGCUUCGUGGUGUCCUCAUGCAGGAACCACCUGCUGAGGGUGAGCACGGACCCGUCCGGCCGGCUUGGGUUUCGGGCCCUGCAGCAGGGCCAGGGCGUGCUGUCGGGCAUCGGUCGCCGCGUUUCCAGUCUGUUUGGGAUGCUGGCCCCGCCCCCUAACGACGCGCUCCACAGUGUGCUAUGGGCGUCCGAGGCCGGCUGCCUCUACUCUCUCACCAGCUCCAAGGUGUGCAGGUGGGAGGUGGGGGAUAGCUCCGAGCAGCAGACCCUCAGCUGGGAAUCCCGCUGUUCCCUCGAUGAGAACAUAGCUGACGCUAUCUGGGGAUCAGAGAGCAACUAUGAGGAAAUGAAGGAAGGAGUGAACGUGUCCUACCUCGACAUGAAGCUUAGCCCUUCCGGCCUGGUGGUGCUGGCUGCAGCCUGGCACUCCCAGGACAUCCCCUGCAUCGCCUACUUCUGCCUGGUGACCCUGCAAGACGUCGGGGCCUCGGUCUCAGACCACGUUGUCGUGGAGGUCACCAAACACACCACUCCGUUCCAGAGUGAGGAGGCGCUGCGUACCACAAGGCUUGUGGUUCCCUACCCGGGCGCCACAGCCUUCCUGUACACUCAGGAGCUGGUGUUCGCCUGCUCCACAGGUACGGUCCGAGGGGGACCCCCCGACGAGAGGAUAUCCUUCAGUGCCCCAGGCGACGGCGUGCGUGGAGGUGGUUGCUGUGGCAACCUGCCCAUCUUCUUCUCCCAGACCAACGGGCUGGUGGCGGUGGUGGCGCGCCAGGCCGUCUCCAUCCUCCCGGAGACCAUGGAGGACUCGCUCUGCUCCUCACUGGCUGCCGCGCCCGAGAUGUCGAUGGAGACACCCAACAGGACGGAGGCCGUAGCCCACGAGGAUAAGACCAAGAUGCUCAAAGAUGCCUUUCUGCGGUUUUGCCGGAGCGACCUGAUUGGCUCUCAGGUGCUGGUGGACGAGCUGUUCCCCGCUGAGGGAGCAGGGGAGGGGGAGGAGGGGGCAGAGCUAGAUGAGGUCGUGACCCGCAUCGAUCUGGACCUGGUGGACGACUACCCGGCCUCCGACCCGCGCUGGGCCGAGUCCGUUCCAGAAGAGAGCGGGGGCUUCCCACUCACUUCCCUCAUCAUCCUCCACCAGCUUGAGGACAAGAUGAAGGCUCACACCUGCUUCAUGGACUUCCUGCUGCAGGUGGGGCUGCUGCAGCGGCUGGGCCAAGUGACGCUGCGCGGCGGCCCCAUGGCCACGCGCCUGCUGCUGUGCGAGCACGCCGAGAAGCUGCAGGCGGCCAUGGUGCUGAAGACCCAGCACGGCAAGCACGGGGAGCUGGUCAACGCCGCCGUGAGCGGAGCGCUGCGCAAGAACGGAGCGGCCGUCCCGCCCAGCCUCACACCCGCAGACGUCUUCUUCAGAGAGGUGUCUCAGAUCUCCCUGGUGUUUGAGUGUCUGCUGGAGGAAGAGGAGAGGCGCCUGAAGGAGAACCCUGUGGCCUCAGUGCAGUGGGCAGAGACCGUGUUGACCGUUAACAACAUCUUAAAGGACAUGCUGCAGGCAGCAGGACAGUACAGGGAGACCAAGGCGUCCAUGUACAGAGUGUCUGAUGUGGACUCAGAACCAGAGUACAUUCCCUGGACUGCGUCGGGUGGGGUGCGGGAGGUGAUCACUCGGCAGCACGAGGUGGUCCUGCGCUCCGUGUACCCCCAGGCGGACUCUGAGCUGCGGGGGGCGCUGUGUGAGCAGCUGGUGGGCCUGCUGGACCUCUACCUGGGGGGCUACGUGGCCCAGCUGGCCUCGCUGCAGCUGAGGACCGGCGGGAGGCCCGCGGCCGCCCAGCAGGAGCGCUACAACGCCCUGGAGCUGGAGUACGGCCAGCGGCGCUCGGAGCUCAUCGCCCCGCUCCUGGAUCUAGGUCAGUACCAGUGGGUGGCUGCUCUGUCUGAGAAGUUCUGUGACUUCGACAUGCUGGUCCAGAUGUGCGAGCAGACGGACAACCAGAGCCGCCUGCAGCACUACAUGACCAAGUUCUCCGACCAGAACUUUGCAGACUUUGUGUUCCGCUGGUACAUGGAGAAGGGGAAGCGGGGCAAGCUGCUGUCCCAGCCCAGCGCCCACCACCCCCAGUUGGCCAGCUUCCUGCAGUCCCACCAGCACCUAAGCUGGCUGCACCACAUCCACGUCCACGACUACCAGAGUGCCCAUGAGACGCUGAGCAGCCAGGCUACUGGAGAGACGCGCUACUUCUCCAAGAAGAAGACCCUGCUGGCCCUCAGCAAGCUGACCGCCCUGGCCUCGGACAUGGACCAGACCCAGCUCAGCAGGCACCUGGAAGACAUCGUGGAGCAGGAGCGCUUCCUCCUCCACCAGGAGACGCUUCCCGAGCAGCUGCUGGAGGACAAAAAUCUGGACCGCCAAACCAUGCCUCUCCUGACCCCACACGGCCUCAUCACUUUGUACAUCAGUGAGGACAACAGGAUUUCCAACGAGGACGACUUCAAGAAGGCCCUGGACUUGCUGGAGUACAUCAACGAGGAGGAGGCGGUCGACAUAGAGACCCUCAAACAAGAGAUCUUCGCCCGGGCGCUGAAGAAAGACGACUGGUGUUCCUGGGAGGGGAGCGACGACCCGUUGGAGCCGGCCCGGGACAGCGUGUUCGUGAAGAUCCUCCUCAAACUCAUCCAGGAAGGUGUCUCCCUGCAGGCCUACCUCCCUGAUGUGAAGGAGCUGCUGGACUCUGAGCAGCUGGCCGCCUUCAACUCGAAACCCUACUUUGAGUACGUCCUGCGGGUCAAUUACGAACAUUACCUCCAGUCACAGAUCUGACGCCAACCACAUUGCUCUCAAUCGGACCAUGUUCAGUAUUUGUUUGUUACACCUUUUUUCUUUCUAAAUAAAUGUUAUUUUACUCUA